AUGUUCCGAUACUAUCGUACGUUACUUGUUUUCAUUUCUUUGACUUUUUUUAUCCAAUUACUUUACUCUAUUGUUAAACUUCAAAUCAGAAAACAGUCAGGAUAUUAUGGAACAUUACGAAAUACUCUUGAUAAAUCAUUGCAACAGUUAAUAACGUCAGUUCUUUGGCCGAACAAUGCAACUGUUAUCCUCAAUGUUCGUCCUAGGAACCACAUCAAAGUAUCAUCACAACAUGCUGCUGCUAAACUUCGCGAAACAUUACCACGGAAUAUUACUGUCAAUAUUACCAGAAACAAUACAAAAAGACCAGAUACAUUUAUCAAUGCGUCCUUUAUUGAAACACUUGAUUUUUCGGUACCUGAUAUAGACGUCUACUUCAAUUUAUCCGAGUGUAAAAUAUCAUCCACUAGCAAUGUUGUUAAAAAUUCGGUGAAAUAUCGAGUAAAUGUUAGUACGACGUUAAGCUCAUAUACUGAAAUUGAAAGAAAACAUUCUGUUGAUAUUCAUUUUGGUGGUCAUUGGUAUCCAUCGGAUUGUCAAGCUAAGCAGCGUCUUGCGAUAAUUAUUUGUUAUCGACAACGUGAGCAACAUUUAAAAAUGUUUUUAAAUCAUAUGCAUUGGUUUCUUAAGCAACAAAAACUUGACUAUACGAUUAUUGUUGUUAAUCAACACGGAAAUGAAUCAUUCAAUCGUGGUGCCUUAUUCAAUGUUGGAUUCGUUGAAGCAAUCAAACUCUAUCCAUUUACAUGCUUUAUCUUUCAUGAUGUCGACUUGUUGCCUGAAGACUUGAGAAACAUUUACAAAUGUGGCUCACGCCCGAAACACAUGUCCGUAGCAGUGGACAAGUUCAAGUACAAGUUGCUCUAUCCUACAUUAUUUGGUGGUGUAACAGCAUUUCAUACUGAGGAUUUUAUUCAAGCCAAUGGUUACCCGAAUGUUUAUUGGGGAUGGGGCAAUGAAGAUGACGAUAUGUACUUCCGUGUUAUAAAAAAUCUGAAAAAAAAUAUAACACGCUCUCCUAUUGAGAUUGCCCGAUACAAAAUGAUUCGUACACAUGGUCACAAAUCAGGCAAAACAAAUCCACAUCGUGAUACGAUACUACAUUCCAAAUAUAACUAUAGUCUGGACGGUCUCAAUACAAUUCAAUAUAGUCUGCAUCAAAUUAGAUUGUAUCAUCUGUUUGUUUUAGUUAAUGCUUCACUAGUCGAGGAAUCAUACGAGCAAAUACGUAAUCGACUCAAUAUUGUAAAAAAGUCCAAAAAAAGUAGAUGA